AUACACUUUCCACUACAAGCAACCCAGCGCAACCAUUCUCUCUCUUCCUCGUAUCAGAGACUUGUUAUGCCUUAAGCGUCCUUCGUUCUUAUUGCACCACUCGUUCAUGCUGUAACCCAUUGGGUCUGACCUGAACACACCCCCCGUGCUCUGAACCUUGGUCUUGGCUCUUUAUUCUUUACUUCCCUCCUAGGAUCGUACAUUACUAGAUCCAACCAACGGGGUCGUCUCGUUAACUUCGAAUUUGACCGGCAGGUUUCAUUUCUGCCGUUCUAGCCUUUUCCCGCCUAUACGAGUACUGACGCGGCCCUAAGGAAACAUUUCACUCACUACUGCUGUUUCCGAUUGCCUGCUUCCGCUGGAACAUGACGAAUGUUGUUGCUUGAAGACCAGUCAUUCCAAUCUCGUCUUCGAAUAUCAGCUGCCUCUCUCAUUUUUUUCGGCUCUGCCCAUGUCACCUUCAUGACUUAUAUUUAUACCCAACUAGACCCUCGAGCCAGUACCCUGUCAUGCAGCCACUCACUUCUGCAAUGACUACGUUAAAGAAAUCGCUGUUAGCGGCUCUUAAGUCCUUCCUUCGGGGACGGUCCUUCUUGCAGGCCAUACUUGCAUUUUGGAUUAGCCCGAAGGCUUUUAAGGAACAUCAUGUCGACGGAAAGAGGACAUACCCGUCGAGGGCUAUCGAAGAUUUCUUGAAGGAAGCAGAGAAGCUCUUUUUAGGAUCUAUCGACGAAGACGGGCUGAGAAGAUAUUCGUCAAAUCUUAAGCGCCAAUUUCGAGAACGGUUACACGGCCAUCCAGAAUGCAUGCUCCCGUCUUUUAAUCACCUACUCCCCACCGGAAAAGAACGAGGCCAAUAUCUUGCCCUCGAUGUCGGUGGAUCGACGCUGAGAGUUGCGUUGGUGGAAUUAAGAGGCCGGGAGGCGACAGGAAGGGAGAGCGAAAUCAUUCGAAUGGUCAGCUUUAAGAUCACACCGGAAGUUAAGAAGCUUGAAGGCCUAAGCUUUUUCGAUUGGAUGGCAGCACGAAUUCACGAAGUCGUACACAAUGACCUUUCACAAGAGCAAGACAUAAUACCUAUGGGUCUUGCUUGGAGUUUCCCAGUGGAACAAGUAUCGCUAGGCGGUGGACUUCUACUUGGUAUGGGGAAAGGGUUCCUGGCUACCAACGGUUUACUGGGCCAGGAUUUGGGCGAACUCAUCAAAUUUGCGUGCAAGAAACAAGGCCUAAACGUCCAACUCGAGGCCAUCGUCAAUGAUAGCUCGGCAACGUUACUAUCGCAGGCCUAUGUACAUGGCUCGACGCGCUUUGGCCUGAUCUUAGGAACGGGCACCAAUAUCGCGGUCCACUUGCCGGUGUCAGCAUUUAGUCGUGCUAAAUAUGGCAAACGACCGGAAAGUUGGUUUGAAUCCGCAAGCCACGUCAUUGUGAACACGGAGCUAGGCAUGUUUGGGAAGGAUAUCCUGCCUCUGACACGGUGGGACGAACUCCUGAACGCCUCACACCCUCGGCCCGACUUCCAACCCCUCGAGCAUUUGUUGAGUGGAUUCUAUCUCGGAGAAAUCUGCCGACUUGCCAUAGUCGAGGCCGUUGAGACGGCGGGGCUACUGGGCGGUCAAUUACCACCGUCCCUGGAAAAGCCGUACUCGCUCGACACCGAAAUCUUGUCGAGAAUUGAGGCCGAUACAUCGCCCACUCUCGAAAAAGCCAUAUCCGAGUUCGCAACACACCAUCCUACUACCACGUCACCUACCUUCUCCGACAUCAGCACCAUCCGUGCUCUCGCAACCUUUAUAUCACGCCGAUCCGCUGCCCUCCUCGCUGCCUCGGUCUUCUCACUUUGGGAACUACGACAUGAGACCGAAGCGGAGACCGCUCCCGUGACCCCAAAGCCGACCCCCUCGAACGAUAGCGGCGUAGUCCUACCUUCCCCCUCAAUCGACGAGCAAAUCAAGGAGAUCGAGGCCAGCACCAAGGUCGCCUUCAACGGCUCCGUCAUCGAGCACUACCCGGAAUACCUGCCCACGUGCCAACGCUACAUUGACGAUCUCGUCGCCCACAGUCAAUACCCCGGAUCCGUGGACCUGGUCCCGGCCAUCGAGAGCUCGAUCCUCGGUGCCGCGGUCGCGAUCGCGUGCGCAACUACGGCGUAGAACACGUUACCUCACGGGACGGAAAAACAUAGAUUAUUUACGGUUGUACAUAUACCUACCUACCUACCUACUUAUACCUAUUCACGCCAUCUUAC